AACACCUGAAGAGGUUCUCCAACCCAACAUCCCCCAAAAGGAGCCAUCGAUGAAGAUCGGGACCAUGUCGCAAAGCACCAGAGCCUUCUGCUUGUUCUGGAUCCUGGCUUUCUCUUCCGCUUGCUACAUCCAGAACUGCCCCAUCGGAGGGAAGCGCUCCAUCCUGGAUAUGGACGUCCGAAAGUGCCUCUCUUGUGGUCCUAGAAACCGGGGCCACUGCUUUGGGCCCAACAUCUGCUGUGGGGAAGAGCUGGGCUGCUACUUCGGCACGGCCGAAACGCUGCGUUGCCAAGAAGAGAACUUCCUCCCGACGCCCUGCGAGUCUGGCAGGAAGCCCUGCGGCAACGGCGGAGGGACCUGCGCGUCCUCUGGCAUCUGCUGCAACAAUGAGGGUUGUAUGAUAGAUUCUGGGUGCGAUCAAGAAUGAGACGAUUCGAAGCAUGAGACAACAUGCAAAAAACCCUUUUAGAUUAUGAACUUGCAGACAACUCUGCCGAAGGGAUGUUACUUUCCACUGCAAAACAAAACGUGUGUUGGGAGAAGUGGCAAAGACCUUUGUCUGAAGUACAACUUGUAUCACAAACCUCUGUAAUCUGUGUUGUUCCAGCUUUUCAAUAAAGUUAUUUAAAGGUC